CAAGACUGAAAAUAACCCCAGCUCCUCUGCACUGGCACUUGGAAGCAGAAGGAAGCAAAGAGGAGUUGAGAACUGAAGCUGGGAGACUUGGCAGGUGCGCUGCCUUCCUCCAUGGAGAUACAGAAACUUGUGUGAGGCAGCUCCCAUGUCUGUAAGAAACACUGGUUCUCAGGCAACCUGUGUUCCUGUUAUUCACUUCCAUUCUGUGUAUGCAGGAGGAGACUCUAAUUCAGAGGCACAAUUGUGUGAGCAGCCCCUUGGCAAGAGGACCCAGUGCAGCCUGUGACAGAACUGAGUGGAGAUGAUCCCAAGCUGAGAGUCACAAAGGAUCUGCUUCGAGUUCACCCAGCGACCUGCAGGUUCAUCCAGCACCCAGCACAGGAUGUCUUCCAAGCGACCAGCCUCUCCGUAUGGGGAAGCAGAUGGAGAGGUAGCCAUGGUGACAAGCAGACAGAAAGUGGGAGAAGAGGAGAGUGACGGGCUCCCAGCCUUUCACCUUCCCUUGCAUGUGAGUUUUCCCAACAAGCCUCACUCUGAGGAAUUUCAGCCAGUUUCUCUGCUGACGCAGGAGAACUGUGGCCAUAGGACUCCCACUUCCCAGCACAACACAAUGGAAGUUGAUGGCAAUAAAGUGAUGUCUUCGUUUGCCCCGCACAACUCAUCUACCUCACCACUGAAGGCAGAAGAAGGCGGGCGCCAGGGCGGGGAGUCGCUGUCCGGCGCGGCGCUGGGCACCCCCGAGCGCCGCAAGGGCAGCCUGGCCGAUGUUGUGGACACCCUCAAGCAGAGGAAAAUGGAGGAGCUCAUCAAAAACGAGCCAGAAGAAACUCCCAGUAUUGAAAAGCUACUAUCAAAGGACUGGAAAGACAAGCUUCUUGCCAUGGGAUCAGGGAACUUUGGAGAAAUAAAAGGGACUCCAGAGAGCCUGGCUGAGAAGGAGAGGCAGCUCAUGGGCAUGAUCAACCAGCUGACCAGCCUGAGGGAGCAGCUGCUGGCAGCCCACGACGAGCAGAAGAAGCUGGCGGCGUCUCAGAUCGAGAAGCAGCGGCAGCAGAUGGAGCUGGCCAAGCAGCAGCAGGAGCAGAUUGCAAGACAGCAGCAGCAGCUUCUGCAGCAGCAGCACAAAAUUAACCUUCUUCAGCAGCAGAUCCAGCAGGUCCAGGGUCAGCUGCCUCCAUUGAUGAUCCCCGUGUUCCCUCCAGACCAGCGCACCCUGGCAGCAGCUGCCCAGCAAGGAUUCCUCCUUCCUCCUGGCUUCAGCUACAAGGCGGGAUGCAGUGACCCCUACCCCGUUCAGCUGAUCCCAACUACCAUGGCAGCUGCUGCCGCAGCAACGCCGGGCUUAGGCCCUCUCCAACUGCAGCAGUUGUAUGCUGCCCAGCUCGCUGCCAUGCAGGUGUCUCCAGGAGGAAAGAUCCCUGGCAUUGCCCAGGGGAGCCUUGGUGCUGCCGUGUCCCCCACCAGCAUCCACACAGACAAGAGCACAACCAGCCCUCCUCCCAAGAGCAAGGAUGAAGUGGCCCAGCCUCUGAACCUCUCAGCCAAACCCAAGACAUCUGAUGGCAAAUCUCCCACGUCCCCCACCUCUCCUCACAUGCCAGCCCUGAGAAUAAACAGCGGGGCCAGCUCACUAAAGUCCUCGGUGCCAGCAACACUAGCCAGUCCUUCGGCCAGAGCCAACACAAUAGGUUAUUUAAAUGACCACGACGCUGUCACCAAGGCCAUCCAGGAGGCGCGGCAGAUGAAGGAGCAGCUACGGAGGGAGCAACAGGUGCUGGAUGGGAAGGUGGCCGUGGUCAACAGCCUGGGUCUCAAUAACUGCAGGACAGAAAAAGACAAAACAACACUGGAGACCCUGACCCAGCAGCUGGCAGUAAAGCAGAGUGAAGAUGGGAAGUUCAGCCACGCAAUGAUGGAUUUCAACAUGAGUGGAGAUUCUGAUGGGAGCGCGGGGGUGUCGGAGUCGCGGAUCUACCGGGAGUCGCGCGGGCGCGGCAGCAACGAGCCGCACAUCAAGCGCCCCAUGAACGCCUUCAUGGUGUGGGCCAAGGACGAGCGCAGGAAGAUCCUGCAGGCCUUCCCCGACAUGCACAACUCCAACAUCAGCAAGAUCCUAGGAUCUCGCUGGAAAGCUAUGACAAACCUAGAGAAGCAGCCAUACUACGAGGAGCAGGCCCGCCUGAGCAAGCAGCACCUGGAGAAGUACCCAGACUACAAGUACAAGCCGCGGCCCAAGCGCACGUGCCUGGUGGACGGCAAGAAGCUGCGCAUCGGCGAGUACAAGGCCAUCAUGCGCAACCGGCGCCAGGAGAUGAGGCAGUACUUCAACGUCGGGCAACAGGCGCAGCUGCCGCUGGCCACGGCGGGCGUGGUGUACCCGGGAGCCAUCGCCAUGGCGGGCAUGCCCUCGCCGCACCUGCCUUCGGAGCACUCGAGCGUGUCCAGCAGCCCCGAGCCCGGCCUGCCCGCGCUGCCCGGCGCCUACGGGCCCAAGGGCGAUGAGCCGCUCGUCAAGGAGGAGCUGCAGCCCGACGAGGCCAACGGCGACGUCUACGACGACUACGACGAGGAGGAGGAGGACCCCGAUGCAGACUAUGGCAGUGACAGUGAAAACCACAUGGCGGGCCAGGCCAACUGAUCGGGGCCGCCGCUCGCCCGCGGGACUCCAAGGAGGAACGGAAACGGAUCAAUCAAUAAAGCCCCGUCUGGUUUAUCCUUGCCAGUGGCCAAGCACAUUAACUUUCUCAUACACUGACUGUUACUUUAACUGUUAGUCUUAACUAGUUGGGACAUCAGCUGACUAAUAGACAUCAGCCUGCACCAGAGGAAAAAAGGCUCAGAAGAAAGGAAACGAAGACGACGACGACAACAACAGAAUGAUAUAAGCUAUGGGUAAAAUAAUGCCAGUAAUUCAGCUGCUAUACCCAAGCACUGAAGUCUUACCCGUUGACCUUUUAUUAUUAUUAUUUUUUUUUUCAAAUAAACUUUAUGGCUGUUUGUUCUACAAUGUUCUAGAAAUUCUCACUCAGGUACACAGUGCCAACAAGUGGCUUGUGAAUGUGUUUUGUUGUUUUGUGCUACAGUUUAAAGAGAAAUAAUUUUUUUUUUUUUGGUAAUGCACCUGACAGGAAAAAAAAAAGAUAAAAUUCCUUUUAACCCCCUCUGUCUCCUCCUCCUCCUCCUCCUCCUCCUCCUCUUCUUCCUCCUCCUCCUCCCUGUCAAAUCUGGGUCAGAAGUGUGUGUGUGUGCGUGCCUGUGCGCGUGGCUGGCAAGGAAGGAAGUGGGGAGUCUUUCUGUUAACCCCAACAAGCAUUUCCUUUCAAGAGAGGACUUCUCUUCAUCAGUUGCACACCAUACUGAGUCUUUGAGCAAGUGCCAAAUUUGUACUAAAGCGCUGAACUAGUUCAGUUUGCUUUUUUUAGGUUGGUCUCUUCUUGUUUUGUUUUUCUUUGGCUUUUCAUUUGCUUCUUGCUCUGUCUGAAGUUAGGACAGUGUUAUAUCUUAGACAAUCCCUUGAAGAACCUGAUAUACCAGCAGCUGGUGAGAUUAGACAUAUGUUUUUGGUUUUGCUUUUGCUUUUGCUUUUGCUUUUUAAAGGAAACUGUAGGUGCUGUUCUCAGGUGAAAAAAAAAAGAGAGAGACAUAAGAAAUUUAGAGAAAAAAUAUUUUAUGGUCUUGGAUUUUCAUGUGUGCGUGUUUAUGGUACUAAUAAGAAUAAUCUUGGACUAUCAUGAGCAAAAAGCAUGCUCCAGAAUGAAGUCCUGCAGCCUCCAAGGGACUUGGUCUGUAAGAAACCUUUACUUUACGUUUGCACUUCAAGUGGCAGCAUAAACAACAUAAAAGGCUUGUCCAAAAUGCGGUUUGUUCUGCAUGGGACACUGGAAAUGUUACCAAGUGCUGAGCAUAAUUUAGUUACCAUGACCUGGGCCCAGUUCUGAUGAACUCGUCCCUUCAGGUUGGCUGAGUGCUGAUUUCUGAUUCAAAAGGCAAUUUUUUUAUUCACUGACUUCUUUUUCUCCUGUGCACUGGCAGAAAUUCCUCUUUUACCAUUGGGAUGUUUGUGUGGGAAGGAAGGCUGAUGGCUGUGAGGAGAUUUCCAAAUUGCAGAUCGGGUUACAGGAACUCGGUGCAGUGCUGAGUUUCCCUCACUGCUGCCUCUCACAGCUCAGAAAUCAUUCUCUGUGCUGAACUAUUCCCAUUCUUGUUGUGGAGCACUGCCAUGGCUUGGGCAGCUCUGCCCUCCUUGGGCAGCCGCAGCGCGAGGAAGGGGCCUGGGAGCUGCUCUGGGAGGUCUUGGCAUCGUGCUGGGGCAAACCCUCCUCUGA